CGAACAAAAUUGAACAUCCCACCCAAAAAAGUAGAGUCAAAGUGUGAAACAGAAAGGAGUAUAAUCUGAUGAAGCGCCAAAUAAUUAAUUACAAUUAAAAAGGGUUGAUUAGAUUGGUUUAUUCCAUCAAAAUUAAAUCGUCUGAAUCGGAUUAUCUUUUCCACCUCCCAGGGUUUUCUCUUUUUCAGUUUUUUUUUUUUUCUCAUAGAAAAUUCGUUUCUUUGACCAUUUACUUUCUCUCCAGACCAAACUCUGCCUUUUUCUAGGGUUCCUUGCGUCUUCUUCUUCUUCAUUCUCGAUUCUUCUCUUUCAGAACUCCGUUUCUCUUCUUUGCUCUGCCAAACACGUUUGCUUCCAAUGGCUGAUUUCACUUCCUCUCCUUCCGCUGCAGCUGCUUCUUGUUCCUUGUUCGAGAAGCGGAUUGCAAUUGCAGCUUCAUCAUCGUCGCCACCGUCUUCUUUCGAAGUAGCACUUGACGAUGGUUUCGAAGACGGUUGCAGUAUCUGUCUCGAGCCUUUCACUAUUCAAGACCCUGCUACUGUUACCAGUUGCAGACAUGAAUAUCAUCUUCAAUGCAUUCUUGAAUGGUCACAAAGAAGCAAAGAGUGCCCUAUAUGUUGGCAGUUAUUUGUCCUGAAAGACCCUGCCAGCCAAGAGCUUCUAGAUGCUGUCAGAAUUGAAAGGCACUGCAGGUCUAGGAACAAAUCUCCUGCUGUGAUCACAGACUUGCACCAUUGCCAUGAUGUUUUUGGUGUUGAGGAGUCUCAGGAUGCAUCUCAUUCAGAUGACUCGGACUUUGAUGAACGCAUUUUGCAGCACCUAGCUGCUGCUUCGCACAGAGCCCACUAUUUUCACAGAAGGGAAAGACAAAGAUCUUCUGGACUUGGCCCAUCCCGAGUACUUUUUUUUACCUCUUCUGAAAAUAUGCCAGGCUCACAACAUACAUAUCCAACUUCACCAGAUGAAUGCCAAAACUUAAGUUAUGGGUUACCCCAGUGUGAUUCAGUGGCUUCAGGCAUACCAUCAGUUAAUAUUGACUCUUUAUCACCUGUGACCCCAUCUGUUAAUGUGGUCUCUAGUGCUGCUGCCAAUGGAAAUAAAGCUGCGAAACUAAGUCGGCCACAACUGGAAGCUUCAUGUAGACCAAGGUCAUCGGAAAUGUUCUCUUUCUCAGAGUCUAUAAAAUCUAAAUGGUCCAUUGCUUCUGCCAGAUACAAGGAAUCAAUUUCUAAAGGUACCAGAGGCCUGAAAGAGAAGCUUUUUGCACGUAAUAACUCUGUUAAGGAGCUCAGCAAGGGAGUGCAGCGUGAGAUGAGUGCGGGGAUUGCUGGUGUUGGGAAAAUGAUCGAGCGCCUAGAUAUUGCAACAAAAAGAUCUGGAGAUUCUAUGCCUGCUUCUGGUGGCAACGGUGGUAACUUUUUAUUCAAGGGAAAGGGUGUGUGGGAAAAUGUUAUUGCUCAGAAUUUUAAUAAUAACAGUGCAGAAUUCCACCGUGGUUUAAAUUCAGGAGCACCAUGUUAUCCCUCUAGUACUAUCCCAGGCAAACUAGAAGUUUCUCACACCCAGAGGGAUCAAUGAUGCUUUUGGCUUAGGUUUAUGUAAUGCAAGGGACGUACAGCGAGGAAACCAAUUUACGGUUGGUUCGCGUCCUGCAUUGCCUAUAUAUGCAAGAAAGUUCCAAGUUGGAUGUUGUAUAUGCCGUUUAUUGUCCGGACACAUCUUAUGUUUUCAUAAACACUGGUGGGGGUUGGAGGCGAGAAAGCAAGAAUUAUGACGUUUUCUCUCCUAUCUGGUAUGUGCUGUUUGCAGUUCGAUUUCAUAGAGAAGCUUGACAUUCAGCUUUUUCUGUUUUCUGAUUAUUUGGGCUACUUUAAUGUGAAAAAUGCCUCUUUGUUUCUUUUUACUUUUUUCUUUUUUGAGGGGUAAGAGAAUUAGGCAAAUUGCUUUUCUUUCUUUUUCCUGGAGCAGAAUAUCAUUUUCUUUUUCCAAAAAGGUGAAGCCA